CGAACUUUUGUUAAAAUGACGUCCACUUGGUUUUAUGAUUUUAUUGCGAAGCUAACUUCACAACGUGCCAUCCCGAAUGAUCAUCAUUCAAAACUAAAUAGCAUACGCGUACUACUUUUUCUUCUUAAAGCUCUUAUUCAAACAAAAUUUUAUCUAAUUUCUCUUCAGGAAUGAAAAAUAUAUCAGUAUAUUCCAGUUACUUUGUUUUACAUAUAUUCAGACAUUUUUCUACAAAGUUAAAAAGAAAAAAGAUUUUGGUUUAGGUUACGGCGUUACGCGGUGAAAGUGAAAUCUUUGUUUUUCUCUUCAUCGAUGCUACAGCCAUUAUUUUGUGUAUCUUCCGCUUGUUUGUCAAUAAAGUGCCGCGUGUGUUUAUCCUAAAAAAAAUUAGAAAUGUCUCAAGAAAUACAAAAAGACCAAAUAAACAAUUCAGAAUUAGGUACAAAAGAAUUCUGGGACAGAAGCUACAGUCUAGAAAUUCAAAAUUACAAAAAUCACGGUGAUGUUGGUGAAAUUUGGUUCAACGAGUACAGUCAGGUGCGUGUCAUCAAGUGGAUAAAGAAUUCCAGUGGCCUUUCCCAAGAAAAGAGAAUCCUAGACAUCGGCUGUGGUAACGGCAUGAUGCUGGUGGAGUUGGCUAAGGAGGGAUUCCAGAAUCUAUUAGGGGUAGAUUAUUCUCAACAAGCUAUUGAUUUGGCCAGAUCAAUAGCUAAAGAUCAGAAACUAAACAGUAUGAGAAUAGAAUACCAACCAUUAGACAUCCUGGUAACUGAGGAGGUGGAUAAGCUGGGAAAAUUUGGAAUAACCCAUGACAAAGGAACUUAUGACGCAAUCUGUAUGUGUCCGGAAAAUCCUACCACAAAACGAGAGAAAUAUUUAGAAAAUAUUUAUAAUCUUACGGAAGACGGAGGAUUUUUUAUUAUCACUUCGUGUAACUGGACAGAAGAUGAACUGAAAGAAACAUUCAGUAAGAAAUUUCAGCUUAAGCUCGUCCUACCAACAGCUACCUUCAAAUUUGGAGGCAAGAUUGGGAACGUUGUAACAACAAUUGUAUUCCAGAAAACAUUGAAAUGAUUAUUCUAAAUAAUGAGAAUAGAAUUUAUUUCAUCUCUUCCUUUUACCAUUUUAAGGACAUGAGGGUCAAAAAAGGGAUCAGUAAAAAAGAACUUUAUGACUUCAGAGCAACAUAUAACUUUAGAAGGCUGUAGGAAAAUAACUUUUUUUUUGGGACACCGGUGUCCCUAUCGUCCUUACAGGGUAAACCCACCCCCCGUGUUCUAAUAAUUAUAAUUAGAUAUGUACAACCUGUACUACAUUUUAUACUUGAUCAAAAUUUUAAAUGAAAUAGGUUUUUUUUAUUUGUCCUUGUUUCACGUGCCAGAUUAUCGUUAAUCGAACUCCUCGAACCCAAUUAUGAGAAAAAAUGUAAGAAUUUUGUAUAGUUCAAAAUAGUAAUUAUGUAACCUGGGCAUUAAUCAAUAAAUUCAAUUCAAAGAAAAGGAAUGGGCUUUUAAGCUUGCUUGGCACACAUUCUGGCUUCGAACAAUGAAUCUGACUUGUUUUUCAGGAAAUGUGUGACUUAAUAAAACUAUAGAUUUAUAUUGUUAUAGGUCAAAUUCAUAAAAAAAAAAUAUGAAGUGCUCGAAGCCAGAGUGUGUGUAGAGGGUGUAGAGCCUGAAAGCCUUCCCAUAAUUUGAUAUUUACUCACCUUCUCGAGGACUUAAAAUUAAUUUAGGGUGAAGUCUAAUCAGGAAUUCCAGUACAACAUAUUUCUCCAAAAUAAAAAAUUCUUAGUUCUUCUUAGUAAGUAUUGUUAUAUUUAUUGUAUCCGACAGAAUAAACAUUAAAUUUUACAUUGAAGACAACAUAUCACAAAAGA